AUGUCAAACGUGGUCACAUACCAUCAUCAACAACAAAACCAUUCCUUUAACAAUAGCACAUCAUCCAUGAACAACACUAGCAUCACCAUGACGGACGAUCUCCCUAAACAAUUUGUAUCUUCCUUAAGGAUCCUAUUUGAUAUUCUCGACGAAAAUCAUAGUGGCUUCGUGCGCCUCUCAGAUAUUGAAAGUCGCUGGAAAGAAGAUGGAGUUAAAGGUCUUCCUUCAGGUGUUGUGGAUGCUUUAAAGAGAGUGACCCCUGCGAACGGUUACCUUAAUUUUGAUAGAUUUGUAGCUGGCUUGAAACUGGUUUUGUGGAGAAGCAAACAUAACAUGGUUAGUGGCGGAAGUGUUCAUAUUCCUCGGUCAUCGUCCGAACAAGACGAAUCUCAUCAAGGCAAAGAAAACAAACACAUCUAUCGCAUCGAUGAUGAUGAUGAGGAUAUUAAACCUGUAAACAUGGGUCAGUCAUUAGCUCAACAUCAGUUCAAUAAUCUAUCAGAUCAGAUCCCUAAUAAUAAUUCAGACGGGCAAUUUACUAACAAUGGUAAACAACCCAGCAUUUCGACUGAUGUCUUCAAUACGAGUUGUACAGUUCCAACCGGCACCAACCUUACAUACGGACCCAAAAAUCGACCACCAAACUAUCCACAAACUAAUUUCGGAUACCAAAAUAUGAAUUAUUCCACAAGUUCAUCAACAUCUACAUUAAUUGCUGGCAGCAGCCAUCUCCGUAACAAUAAUUCUGGUUCACCCAACAUUAAUAACAACACUAACGGCCAUGAUGUUUCUCGAAUUCUUAACGACAGUAUGCAUUCUUCAGGAUCGGUUAUGCCGGGGGAUAAAAUGACCCCACCGAUCCAACAACGAUUACCUUACGUAACCCGAUGUCCAGAAAGGCCCCCACUUCAACCCCGUCAGUCUGCUCAUCCUCACGCUCACCAUUAUAACAGGCAUUUGCCAGAUAUACCCGACACUUCGGUUGAAACUGCUGCGACCCUUCAAAGACCUUUUUCACCACCCCAAAUCCCACCCCGAGAUCAAAAUAAAGCCAAUAUUCUAAAUGAGUUAAAAAACUGGCAGAGACAACGCAUGAAAAACUUACCAACUGACACCUUAAAUGCAAGACGGCUCCUGAGUGGGGAAUCAACAGAAAUCCAACAACAGACCCAACCAAAGAUGGGGACAGGAACAAUUAUGGUAAGUGAAACGAACGAGAGAGAAUGUAAAAGAAUAUAA